AUGAGCAACAUCAUGAAUCAGGACUUUCCCGACAAUGAAGAGGAUGAAGAGGAUGACUUUAAUCCUCAACCUGAAAUCGCCUCUGAUGACGAGGUAGACGCCAAGGACGGCGGAAACAAUGAUGAGGACGAUGAGGACGAUGUUCCGAAGAACAGGUCCCGAUCCGAUGCCAAACGUGAGCCCAAGAGUGGACUUGCGCAGAACGAUGGCCAAGAUGACGAGAACGAGGAGGAUGAGGAAGAAGAGGAAGAUGAGGAAGAGGAGGAAGAAGAGGACGACGACGAUGACGACGUUGAGGGCCAGCCAUCAAGGAAGCGAAGGAAAAGGAGACGCAACCAGUUCAUCGACGUGGAAGCAGAAGUAGACGAAGAUGAUGAGGAAGAGCCGGAAGAGGAGGACGAUCUACCAGGCGAGGAGAUGCAUCCUGAUGACUUACAGGAACUUCCGCCUGGCGCUGAUCGAGACGACCGUAUGCAUCGUGAGCUCGACAGGCAGCGCGAACAGCAAGAUGCCAUGGACGUAGAAGAGACUGCCGCACGACUCAAGGAGAGGUAUGGUCGAGCUUCGCGGGGGACUGGCACUGGCUCAGCGAUCGUUCCCCAGCGCUUGCUCCUCCCUAGCUCUAGCGACCCACGUAUCUGGCGAUUCAAGUGCAAACCUGGCAAGGAACGCGAAGCUAUUGGCAGGAUCCAGGAUCGCUUCAUCGAGCGUCAAGGAUCUCGAGAAGCGCUAAAGAUCAUCACAGUCUUUGAGCGAGGUGCAACUAUUCCCGGACACGUUUAUGUGGAAGCAUACAAGUUGGACGACAUUAUGCCAGCUGUGGAUGGUAUCCAGCAUAUGUUCCUCGGAACAAAACCAUUGAUGGUGCCAGUAGAAGAAAUGCCUGAUCUGCUAAGAACGAAGAAAAGCAAACAAUUGGAGCCUGGCAUGUACGUCCGACCGAAACGUGGUCUGUAUCAGGGCGAUCUUGCCCUUGUUGAGGACGUCGAGCCCAAUGGCACGCAGAUCACGCUCAAGAUUGUUCCUCGACUGGAUUACGGUCUAUCGGAGGAUGCAAAUGCCGCUGCGUUGUACGAGCCUGACGGAUUUGGCGGUCAAAAGCGCAAGAGAUUGCCCAAAGUUUCCACUCAACGUCCACAACCUCGACUAUUCAGCGAAAACGAAGCAAGAAAGCGCCACAAUAGAUUAGUGCAAAGGAAUGGUGGUUUAAGCAACAAUUCGUUCACUUACAACAACAAAACUUACGUGGACGGCUUCCUGCUAGAGACCUUCCAGGUCAAGGGAGUACUUUCAGAAGACGUUAACCCGACCUUGGAGGAAGUGACGAAAUUUGCAUCCGGAGCCGAUGACGGAACCGAGAAUCUGGAUCUUGCUGCUCUCUCUGCAACUUUGAAAACAACCUCGGGAACCGAUUAUCUGCCAGGCGACAAAGUUGAGAUCUUCCGUGGUGAGCAGAAAGGCCUCAGUGGUCAUGCUGUGCAGGUCUAUGGUGAUGUGGUUAGAAUGCAGGUGGACGAAGGUCCGCUCACUGGCGACAUCAUUGAAGCGCCCAUCCGCGACUUGAGGAAGCUGUUCCGAGAGGGUGAUCAUGUCAAGGUCAUCGGAGGCAGCAAAUAUCACGAUGAAGUCGGCAUGGUUGUCCGGGUCAAAGAUGACCGCGUUACCAUUCUCACCGACAGCAAUCAACAGGAGCUUAUGGUUUUUAGUAAGGAUCUUCGCGAGGCCACGGACAGCGGUGGAAUGAUGGGAUUUAGCAAAUUCGAUCUCUACCAGCUUGUGCAACUUGACGCGGCGACCGUGGGCUGCGUCAUUAAAGUGGAUCGCGAAACCCUGCGAGUUAUUGAUCAAAACGGCAGUGUCCGCACUGUACUGCAAUCCAGCAUCUCAAAUGUGCUCAGCAACAACCGCGGAGCAGAAACUGUUGCCACUGAUCGUGAUGGCAAUGAGAUGAAGAAGGAUGAUACUGUUAAGGAAUGGAGUGGCGAGCAGCGCGGAGGUCGCGCGAUCCACUUACAUCGUGGAUUUGCGUUUGUUCAGAACCGCGAGAGCCGCGAGAAUUCAGGCAUUUUCGUCACGAGAUCGAACAACUUGAUCACAGUCGCAGGCAAAGGUGGUCGGAUCGGCAACGGUCCAGAUUUGACGAAGAUGAAUCCAUUGCUGAAGCAGGGUGGCGGUGGUCCAGGAGCGGCCAUGCCGCCACCACAGCGUGGUCGCGACAAGCUCAUUGGCAGGACGGUUAAAAUUCGUGCUGGACCGCAGAAAGGCAUGAUCGGCAUUGUGAAGGACUCUACCGCGCUUGGCGCCAUCAUUGAGUUGCACGGAAAGAUCAAAAAGAUCACCUUGCCCAAGGAAAAGUUGGCCGUCAUUGACCCUCAAACCGGCGCCGUGGUUCACGCUGAUGCUCAAACAUUCGGUACCGGUCGACCACCACCGCAGAUGCAGCGAGGUCCUGCCCCUGGUGGCCAAACUCCAAGCCGAGGCUUCGGCUCGACCCCUAUGCAAUCCGGUGGCAGGACACCUGCGUACGCAAUGCAAGGCGGACGGACUCCAGCAUGGAAGCAAGACACUGGCUCGCGCACACCAGCGUAUGCCAGUGGAGGACAGACUGCCUACGGCAACGGCGGACAGACAUCUUACGGCGGCGCCACGAGCUAUGGAGGCGGUGGAGGAAGCUCCCAAUCAACAUGGAACCCCAACAGCGGCGGCGGCAGAACCCCAGCCUACGUCUCUGGCUCGAAAACACCAGCGUAUGCAGGCGGUCUUGAGGCUCCUACUCCUGGGUUCAGCGCGCCUACGCCAGGAGCUGGUCAAUACCAGACUCCUGCGGCCUAUGCUACACCCGGUGGCUUCCCCGAAACCCCAGCAGCCUAUCCCGAGACACCUGCUGCAGAUGACGGCCCGAGAUAUGAGUAG